AUGACGAAUUUCCGCAACAUCCCAACUUCCUCCCAAUGGGUCACUUUCCCCGUUUCAACCAAAGAAAAGUUGACAAUCAAUUGGGAAGAUGACUUCCACGCUUAUGUCAAUACCUACUAUGUGGCCAAGUGCUACUUUGGCAUUCCUGAAGAAGAGCUUCAAAACAAUUCCAUUGUGGAUAAAAAGCUCCAGGUCCCAAACCCAGUGUUUUGCAAGGGACGCUCUAAGCUCACAGUUCUGGGUGAAACAAAGAUUUAUAUCGCGGCAGAGUUUAUCGAGGAGGAAUACGCUGAUAGCCUUUCGGACUUACAUCAGUUCCAUCUCAAGGAUAUCGCUAUUGAGUCUGGACGCAAUGAAAAGUUUCCAUGGGUCACCAUGAAGCUUAAUGGAGCCUUCUGCUAUGGCCAGAAUGGUGCAGACGACAAGCUGCGGAGGUAUAUUGUCUAUCACCCGUCGGUUGGCCCUGGUAUCCAGCGACCGAAUAUCCACCAGCAUCGUUUCACGGAUACAGAAAUCACCAAUGCAAUCAGAAAGAGCCUUGAGGGUGCCGCCGAAGAUUUACCGGAGAAUUACAAAAUCCUAGGUGUCGCAGUAGGCCAACUGCUUAAAGUGCUCCACAAAAAAGGCAAGGCUGCGUUUGGGGAUGCUCUCUGGGUAUUCCUGGAUGACCACCAGCUCACUGAGCCCAAUACUCAACUCCCGCGUGAUGAAGCAAAUCUACGAACACACCUGGGCCAGAUUCAAAAGCUGGAAUUUGGUGUUGUCGGCAAGACGGCCAGGGAUUUCAAACGGGCGCAUCUCCUCGCUCCUCCUCUCCAUCAGCAACCGUUUCUCCCGCCUAUCCCUUUUCCAUCUUCUGAUCAGCAGGAACAUCAGCCAGAGAAAGUGCUCAAGGAAAAACCAAAAACUCGUGAGGACCUGGGGAAGAGCAGAGCGGAAGACAUAGAUCAGGAAGUUAAUCGGAUUCUGCAAGAGCUAGAGGAAGCACGAAAGAAGAGCGGUUUAGCCGGCUUUCAACACACCCAACCUUCUGACACGAAAGUGGACCAGGUUCAACAGUCCAGAAAUGCCCUCUUGGGAGAUAAUACUGGCAUGGACAAGGAUUCAACUAAAGACACGAGUGUGAAUGCAAUCUUCGGGGAGGUUCACCCAGGUUAUAAAAAUGAAAAGCAAGGUGAUGGACAGGGGUCCCCUGGCAAGGAGCCUAAAAAACCCGCGGGUGAUCAGCCCGUUUCCACGCGAGGGUCAAGAUCGAUCAAGAAGUACUAG